UAAUCGCCCUGGACGGGCCCCGCGGGGGCGUGGUCUAAAGGCGGGGUGCGACCGGGGGCGGCGACGAGAGGGUUAACCUCCCCGGCGGUCCCCUGGGGGCGGGGCCCCGGGGCGCGGCGAGGUCUGGGGGAGGUGCUGGGGGCGGAAGCGGCCGGCAGUCUGCGCCCCGCGCGCCUGUGGGAAUUUCGGGUGGUCGCCUCCCGAGGGCCGGCGACCUCCUGGCACGGGAAGCCGAGCGAGAUUCGGGGGCGGUGACAGGGGCACGGGGCGGGCGAGGGGGACGGUCCCUGGACAGGCCCAAAGGCGGCGAACUCGAGCCUCGCGAAGAGCGGGACAGGUCGAUCCCGACCGGGAGCUCAACUUUCAGAAGAGCGACUCCCCAGCAAGUCUGUUUCGAGGAGGACCCCAGCUCCUCACCUCCAUGGGCCAGACGGCCUUGGCGGGGGUUAGCAGCAGCACCCACACCCCGCAGGCCCUGUACCCUGAUCUGUCUUGUCCCGAGGGCUUGGAGGAGCUGCUGUCUGCUCCCCCUCCUGACCUGGGGACCCAACGGCGCCACGGCUGGAACCCCAAGGACUGCUCGGAGAACAUCGAGGUCAAGGAAGGGGGGUUGUGCCUUGAGCGGCGGCCCGUGGCCCAAAGCACUGAUGGGGCCCGGGGUAAGAGGGGCUACUCGAGGGGCCUGCACGCCUGGGAGAUCAGCUGGCCCCGGGAGCAGAGGGGCACCCACGCCGUGGUGGGCGUGGCCACGGCCCUCGCUCCGCUGCAGGCUGACCACUAUGCGGCACUGCUGGGCAGCAACAGCGAGUCGUGGGGCUGGGACAUUGGGCGGGGGAAGCUGUACCACCGGAGCAAGGGGCCCGGGGCCCCCCAGUAUCCACCCGGACCUCAGGGUGAGCAGCUGGAGGUCCCCGAGAGGCUGCUGGUGGUUCUGGACAUGGAGGAGGGAACUCUGGGUUAUGGUAUUGGGGGUACCUAUUUGGGGUCGGCCUUCCGUGGACUGAAGGGCAGGACCCUCUAUCCAGCAGUAAGCGCUGUCUGGGGCCAGUGCCAGGUCCGCAUCAGCUACCUGGGCGAAAGGAGAGCGGAGCCACACUCCCUUCUGCACCUGAGUCGCCUGUGUGUGCGCCACGCCCUGGGGGAUACCCGGCUAGGCCACGUUUCUGCUCUGCCCUUGCCCCCUGCCAUGAAGCGGUACCUGCUCUACCAGUGACCCCUAUGAUACCACAGAUUGCACUGGGGCUUUGAUCCCACCCCUCCUGGGGUGGGCGGGGAGGGGGGUGCCCAGGGAGGAGGCACCACUGGCCUAAACCAGCUACCUAAAACCAGUGAGGCUGGGGGGAGGUGAGGCUGGGCCCCACCCCACCCCAAGCUCUGGGGAGCACCACAGCCCCAGGGCCACCCGGGGGGUGGACGGGAGGGGGCCGUUAGUCAAGGCUGUGGCAGCCUGGUAUGCAAGACAUUUUUGCAAGUAAAAAUUGUAAGAGAUGUGUGCUGCUGUA